UGGUGGGUCAACUGUGGUGAAUGGAAGCUCAUGGUCAGAUCAGAGUUUUUUCACAGAUACCAAACUUACAGCAAAGUAUGGAAAGUGUGGAAGUUGUUUGUUCAACGUAAAAAAGAGAAGAAAGCAAAAUUAAAAAUCGCUUUUGACCAUUUUAAAGAAACAACAUGCAAGAAAUAUGUUCAAUUUUGGAAGGUAUACAUCCAGCUCCGUCAAAUGAAGACAAGGAUGUACGAGACAUCUUACUCCAUCGCAAGAACAACCCGCAUCCGGACUACUUGGAUCACAUGGUGUGAGAUGGUGAGGUGGAAGAGAGAAGAUGCAAGGAAUAAUGAGAUCGCUUCGUGGAGGUUUAACUCAACUAUUCAAGCGAAGUGCUGGAGAUCUUGGAAGAUUUACCACCAGCAACAAAUUGAAUCCAAACAACAACAACAUCUCGCUAGUUGUCAUCUACGGACGAACUUAUUACAUCAAUAUUUCACCACAUGGAGGCGAUAUAUAACGCUUCGCCGACACAAGAUAUUAAAAAGUCAAAAAGCUCAAGAUUUAUUUGUUUAUUCAUUAAAAGGAAGGAUAUUGUUGCAAUGGAGGAUAAGAUAUAAACAAUCACUUGACCACCAAGCAAGAAUGGAAAAAUGUCAUGAAUUAUCAAUAAGAGCAACCAAACAAAGAUAUUUCAAUUCCUGGCUUCAAUAUAUUAAUGAUAUUCAUAACCAACACAGAAAUCUUGCUAUUGCCGAUUUGUAUAGGAAGAAUAAACUAAAGAAAUUUGUUUUUUCUUCGUUAAUGUCGGCUGUCGAACGUCGUCAUCACAAGGUGGAGCUGUUGUACGUCUCAGAAAGAUUCAGAGAAACUUGGAUGCUUCGUUUAACUUGGAUGACAUGGAAGACAACGGCUGGAGGAAAUUGAAGAAAAAGAUUUAUACGAGUUAUCCCAGAUUGCCCAUCAACAUCACAGAACAACACAGAUGAAGAAAUAUUUGCGGAAGUUGCAAGACAAUGUUGUGAGAAGUAAAAUAAAGAAGGCGAAAAUAAGAAAGGCUGAUGUUUUUUUCAUAGUUAAGAAAUUACCAAGAUGUUUUAAAACUUGGAAAAUAUUUGUUAAAACUCUAAAAGAAAGAAAUUCAAUGAAACGCAAUGCUUCCAUGUUUCACAGAGAGGUUCUUGAGACAAAAUAUUUCUAUAUAUGGUGGAACAAGUUUGAACAAACAAGAGAGCUGAGGACAAUGGAGAGAAUGGCCAUGAUGCAACACACUGAAUCAACGUUACGCCAUCAUUUCCAUAUUUGGGCAACAAAAACACGGUCAAUAUUAUCAGCCAAUCACAGCGAUGUAUUGGCUCGUGUGCAUUAUCGUCAUGCUCUACUGCACACAGCGAUGACAUCAUGGAAAAAGUUUUAUAAGAUGUCUAUGGAGAGGCAGCGGAAGCAAGAUUAUGCUGAGUCAUAUCAUCGCACGGGGACGCUUGCUGGUGCAUGGUUGUCGUGGUUACGCUACGUUGAACAGAAACGAGCAAAACGGAAACAAAUUUCCGAAAUUGAGUCGAAAUAUUCAAGAAAAGUUGUUGAGAAAUGCUUCGAGGGUUGGAAGGUUUUUGUUCGGAUGACCCGUCAGAUCAACCUAAAGGCAUCAGCGCAACUUGAAGCGAAACGAAACAAAAUUCUUCGUGAAACUUUCACAAAAUGGAGGUUGGCAACUUUGGAAAAUAUUCAAAAGAAAUCGUUCAACGAGAAAGCUAGGAAUCACCGAAACAAUCAAUUAAAAUUGGCUGUGUUUUUAAAAUGGAGGAAAUGGUCAGUUGUACACAACUAUAGAAAGACACAAAUCAAAGAAAAAGUUGAUUUUUGCGUCAACACGUUGAACUUUUCGUCUCGGAAACGAUAUUUUCACCGCUGGGUGUUAGCGUUGAGUGAAUUAGGAAAAGAAAAGAAGAAAGAAAAACUUGCUGUCGAGUUUUACCGGAAAAAAGUUUCAAAAGUUGUUUUUAAUGCCUGGCUUUUAUUCAGGUUUCUGGCUCUCAAGAAGUUGUUAAUGCAGCGACAAGCAAAUAUAUUUUCAUGCCAACGUAUCUUAAGAACCUCCUUUUCAACUUGGUCGAGCCAUUUUAAAGAUUCUGUCUCUGAAAGAAAGAAAACUGGUGAUGCGUUAUGGUUAUGGUCGGUCACGCUCCAAGGAAGAUGCUUAGAUGGUUGGAGGGCCUUCACAGCUGAACGAUCACGUAAAAAACAGCGAUUCGCUCAAGCGUUAAAGAUGAGAUCACAUGACAUGGUCACGCAUGGCUGCACACAAAUUUUACGUUACCACGCUGAUAAACUCGCUGAAAGAACAAACAUGGCAGCAAAGUUACAAGUGCAGUCGAGCCACACAGCGUACCACCUUGCAUGGAAGUAUGGAAUGAUAUGGCUUAAUAAGACCCGGCAUAGAAUGGAUGAGAGGAAAGCUUUCCAAACCAUAAGAACAUGGUCUCCUCAACCAAAUAUGGAUAUUUUGGUGAAACCUUCACUACCCACUUGUACAAGUUUUGAAGUUGCAAAAGUGCGGGCUGCUCCAAGACUACCUGAUUUUCUUGACGAGUCGUUAAAUCGUGAAGGAUUAUUACUCAGCAAAUAUUCUACCUCACAUGCAACCCAUGACGACAGAAAUGAUGACUUUGCAGUUUCACGAACGAUGAUAAAUGAGAAAGUUGUUUCACAUGAUAUCUACGAAUCACGUGAUGGAAAUCAUGAACCUCAGAUUUUGUUGCCACCAUCAGCUUUCACACUAAAUCAUGGUGAACAAGAUCACGCCGGUGAUGCGAAUCACAUUCAUGGUUCGAAUCAUGGAUAUGAGUGGAAUCAUAUGAACACUAGGGAAAGUUUCAUUCAAAGUACAUCGUAUCACAACGAUAAAUUGAAUCACGCUCAUGAAGAUGAUCAUGAAAACAAUCAUGGUAUGAACCUCUCACAUAAUACACCUACUAAUCAUGGUGAUUAUGAUUAUCAUAUGAGCAAGACUCAUGACAGAACAAGCCAAACUUUCCUUAUACCACAAACUCCUGUAAAAUUCAUGAAAUCACGAAAAAUAUCCCGUGAUUCGGUCGGGAACUCUGGUGAUGGAAAUCCUGGUUCAUCAUCAAAUAGUUCAUCGUUUUCAUCACCUUCUCAUGACCGUGAAAACUCCUCUCAUGAGUAUUCAUAUGAUCAAACCUCAAGCCAACAUCCUACAUCACAAACAUUUAUUAUUACAUCACAAAAGGAUGACCCCUCCUCUACUUUUAUUGCCUCAAAAUCACGUGAUUAUGACCUGGAGUCUCAUGAGUCAUCACAAACUUUUAUAAAAAUUCCUUCCCGCGAUUUUGUUCAUGAAACAUCACAAACUUUCAGAAAAUCUCAUGAUUCACCAACGUUAUCACGGGAUCCAGUUCACAUAGAACUGAAAAACAUUCAUAAAGAAUUACAAGAAUUUCAGAAGUUAAAGCAACAACUAAAAGUAUUGAAACAACAGCGAAAUGUUAUGUUAGAUUGUUACGAACGUAACACAAUGAACAUACCACCUACUUCUUCAUUGGAUUUCAAUAUUGUGGAAGUUGAACUACAACAGAUCAACAAAGAAAUUGAUUCGAUUUCAAAAACUUUAAUUUUACGAAAACCGGAAAUUGAAAAUCUUGCAGUGAGGGUUCAGGUGCUUAGCUCAAGACCAACUUAAACAAGUUAUUUGUUUAACUUAAGUUUAUUUAAAAAACGAUAAACUAUUUUUACCACUACAUCAUAACCUGCUGCUGUUGCUACUAGGCAUAAUAUAUUUUAAAACUGCUAUUCUGGUAAAAAUAAACUUUUUGUAACCAAUUUUUGUUUUUUUAGUCUUGCUCAAUGGCAGACAAAACUAUGGUUACAAUUACAUAAUAUAUUUUAUGCUUAUUUUGAUACCAGAAGAACAGUUUUAAAUUUAUUUUCUUCGUAGUUUGUUAAAUAUUUCAGAUAUUUAAUGCCUAAAUUCGUAUUUUUGUACACUUUAUAAGAUGUAAAGCAUUUAUGAAGAUAUAGUUUUGUUUACACUUUUUUUUAAAUUUCUUGUAAGUAGGAGGGUUCUGAGUUAAAAGCUUUUUGUAGAUUAGUUUUAUUUACAGCCCAACGUUUCUGUGUGAUUUUUAAAACCUAUACCUUGUUAAAAAUAUGGUUACAGAUAUUUAAACUUGAGUUUCCAAAUCUAAAAACUAACCUAAAAAAUCUCUGGCAAAAAAAUUCAGUAACAAAUGCUACCAACUCUUUUUAACUUUAACAUUCCAGUGUCAACUCUAUGGCAUUUGCCAAAUGCCACCGUAAAUUUCAAAUUUGUUUUUGACCUACAUUUUUAGUAAUUCAUAAGUUCAUGUAAAAAUGUCUGUAUAUUGCAAGUUGUGUAUUGUAAGAAGUGCCAAAGUUGCUGUUCCUUGAAACUUGCCUGUGUGUUGAGUUAUGCAGUGUUAUAUAUGCAACCUUGUGUGCUGUGUAGUACUAUGUAUCAAAAUAAAUUUUCUAGUUAGAUA